AUGAGUGUCAAAGCGAUGAAUAAUGAACUAGAGUGAUCUGCAGUCUUGCCACGUACUGCUCUCUUGGGCGAUACGCGAGGUGGCCCUGAAAGCAACUUCACUGCGGAAAAGACAACUGAGUCACUUAGAGUUGCCAAAUAUAGAUUCCUAAAAAAAGGUGCCUGUUGCUCAAAGUGAGAUCUAUUCAAAUCGAAUGGCAGGAUCAUUGUUUUCGCCCUUUCCAGAACUCCGAUGGUGACUCACAUACUGGCUAAUCAGGUAUUCUGUGCAGAGACAAUUAUGAAGGGUAGAGAUAAGAAAACACACUGAAAGGACGCAUCUGUAGAGUCUGUGCAUAGCCAGAAAUGAGCUACUGAUGAAUGAAAUGAUAAGCGGUUAAUGUUUGUUGGGAGCUCUAUAGGUCAGGUAAUAAGUGUGACGUAGCAGUGCCACAGUCAACAUCUUCUUUAAGUUGCUCUUUGAAUACUCAAGUCGUUAGGUGAAUCAUGUUUUGCGCUUGGACUGCUAGCCAUUUGCGUUGUCAUAUUUGGACUGAUCUAUUGGCUGCUUGCCACAGCGUCGCUUUGCGUGCACAGUCUAAUUAGACAGCUCAAUGCAACUGCACUUCUGUCAGUUUUGCCAUAUAAGGCUAGAAAGCAAGAAUGUAUAUAAUACACACAUUCUCAGUCACGCCACAUGAUUCAUCAAGGAUAGUUUAAUUGGCAAAAAUGAUCCAUUAGUAAUUCCUCUGCUUUCCCACUUUCCUCCACAUUGCAGUGAGCUGUAACAGGGGAGAAAAUGGAUUUACUGAAGUAAAUGCACGACGGGAGACAACAAACAACACGUAACGCUAUGUAUUCAUGAGCCUCAUAACAUCUAUAUGGACAUGCAACGAUGACAAACGGCAUAAGAUCAGACUAAUGUUCGGCAUCAUAGCUGAACUUGAGAGUUAGUUAUAGUAACGGCGGUACAUGAGAAAUGAUUCGCUGCAGUUCAGUUAGAAAAGCCCCCCUCAUCGACUCCCUCCUCCCUGCACACAGGAGCCCGGUGACUCCGUCUACGUUUUACACUCUGACUCCACCCACCGCUCGGUUUUGUCCAAAUCGGGAUUUUUGCGUCGCCGGGGCUCCCGAUUUCAAGCCUACGUCAUCAACAGGGAGAGGGGAUGCUGACGUCGGAGCAGAGUCAGAGUCAAGAGUGGAAGCGUUGGGAGGGGUGAGAGAAGAGAGUUUCAGCCUUGUGAGCAUUGAUAUGAGGCACAUCAAAUCACCUAAAGCAACCCCCCUUCCCCUCUCUCCUUCUUACGUCGGUGUUUGCGCGUUGGGAGCCCCCCUACACCAGCCUAUAUAAGUAACCGGCAAUCAUAGUAACUCCACCAGAUUUACGGGCUCCCGAUAUCUGGGCGAGAAACGGCUUUUUCAGCAGCCGAACCGACCAACACUCCGAACCGGAGGAAGUUUCCAGCCAGCCUCCGGUCCGCAGGCGCUUUGGCGGAACCGAAGAGGAAAAGCCGGACAUGUGAGCAUACCGUGACAGAGUUAGACUCUGACCGCAUUCAAGGAAAGACAGUCGGGGCUUUCCUCCAGGCACGCUACAGUCAAAAAUACAUCACCAAAUAACCGUUUAGCUUCCCCUCGAACAUCGACCACGAUGUACCGUUCCACUAAAGGAGCCUCGAAAGCUCGGAGAGACCAGAUAAACACAGAGAUAAGGAACCUGAGGGACUUGUUGCCUAUCUCCGAUGCGGAUAAGGCACGCCUCUCCUAUCUACACAUCAUGUCCCUUGCGUGCAUAUACACGAGAAAAUCUGUCUUCUUCUGCCAAGAGGCAGCUGCAGCUGGCAGUGCUGAGGAAAGUGGAGGAUUCCUCUCAUUUCACGAGCUUUCUGAGCUGGUGCAGUCAAUGCCAGGUUUUCUGCUGUUACUGACUGCAGAAGGAAAGCUACUUUACCUUACAGACAGUGUCUCGGAGCACCUUGGACACUCAAUGGUAGAUUUGGUUGCUCAAGGGGACAGUGUGUAUGACAUAAUAGACCCUACAGACCAUGCUAUUAUGAGGAGUAACCUGGUGCCUCCAACUUCCCCUGAUACUGAUCGAUUGUUCCGCUGCCGUUUCAACACCUCCAAAUCAGUGCGAAGGCAGAGUGCUGGCAACAAGCUUGUUUUGAUUCGAGCUCGCUGCUUGCCACCAGUACCUGGCCCUUCCCCCCCAGGAUCCUACUGGACUUCCAAUCCAGUGUGGGUGUGCUCUUGCGCACCUCUGGAACCCCACCCACCCCGACCCAGCACCUCCACCGAACAACCUUUGACCCCAUCAUUGGAGAGCAGUUUCCUCCUAGUGUCUUUUCACUCACAACACAGUCGUGACAUGAGACUGCAGGAUGCACAGGAUAGUGUCAGUAUCUAUCUGGGUAUCGAUGUGGAGACUCUUCGCUCUCAUUCCUGGUACAGCCUGCUGCAUCCACAGGACCUUACACAUGCUUCUGCUCAGCAUCGCAGCCUUUUGAGAGAAGGAGGAGAAGGCAGAGCUGAAAUGGUGGUUCGUGUGGAGGCUGGGGAUCAUUCAUGGGUCUGGCUUUACAUGGUCCUGCAACUGGAGACUGGAGAGAACCCUAUCAGCAGCAGCAAUUAUGUCAUAAGUGAGUCAGAGGCCUGGGCAGUGAGGCAACAACUGAGCUCUGAAGAGACCCAGCUCUCUGUGGUGCUGAGCACCAGCACCUCCCAACAAGACACCCUCAGCUUGCAGAGUCCUGAUACACUCUCCAGUCCUGACCAAGUGUUCACACCUGGGAGCAGUGGUCUCUCGGGUCAGUCAUUUGACUUCAGCAUGGCAGUGUGCAGCACAGGCUCUACAGAGGAACAAGGUGCAAGCUCUUCUAUUGAACCGAUGCCACUGGAAAGUGGUCCACGCUCUAGUCUUUCCUCUCUGGAGGAAGAGACCUUGUUCCAGCAGCCACCCAGUGAAUCAAUGGACAGGCCUUCAGCUGCUUCAUCCCCUGACACAGUGGCCACAGUGUCAGAUUUGGACUUCCUCACUCAGAACAUUCUCCUGCCCCCUGCUUUUCAGGUAGAUCCUCCACUACCUGCACUGCCCCUUCCUUUACCCCCUGUGCCUACCUCCCAGGCCCAGCAGACUAAGGAGUUUGUGUGUACCCCUCCAUAUACACCUCAGCUAGGGAGCAGCAGCUUUCCCUUUGGGGAACCUCUCUUCAGUUUUGAUCCCACUGGUGCCACCACACCUCCACCCCUUCCACCAACUGCAACAGUCACAACUACAGUAGCUCCCACUCUUUCUCCAUCAGCUCCCUCAAACCCUCAGGGCAGCCCUGCUCCUCCAACCACCACACUUUCCACCUUGGUUCCACUCAGCCUGCCAGCCUUGUCUACAGAAAUUCUCUUCCCUUCAGAGCCUUGCAGUGGCUCACUCUAUGAGAAGCUUCCUCCAACCCCAGACAGUCCAGGUGAUGGGGACUGCACUGUUAUGAGCCUGCCUGAGGUUCGUGGUCCACUGUAUGUUGAUGUCCCAUAUGGGCCACUCCCCUAUCCACCUGAAGGUCUGCUCACACCUGAAACCUCCCCUGGAAAACAACCGAGCCUGUCUUUCUUCUCGCUUGAGCAGGAGAGAGAAAAAGAAAGAACUGAGAUCUCCCUUUUAGCCCAUCACAUAAGCACACUAGCUGAAGGCUUCUACCUGGAUCCUCUCCUCUCUAAGCUGUUACCCUCUCCUAUCUCUCCUCGACCAUCAUCUCCCUCGCUUGACUCAGAAGGACCCGAGACCAUCUCGCUUCUGGGUGAAUUCUACCCUGUCAAAUCCUGGAGAGGUCUGGACCUGCCCAUCUUCCCAGACGAUGACUCUCUGUUUGAAGAGAGUGUCUUAGAGACCAUCUUCCAAGAUCUCUCCUCACCAUCACUCUCUUCCACCCCUUCCUCUCCCUCCAGUCCUCCCUCUUCCCCUCCGACUCCUGAGUGCUGGCAUCCACCCCUGCACUUUGACAGGGUCUCUGCUAUGAGUGCCGGCCACUUCUGUAGCGUCCAAUCGGCGCACUCUAACCAUGCGGCCAGGUGCGGGGCCACACUGUCGCCAGUCAACAAGGGUGACAUGGUGGAUGGGAAGGCGGCAGGCGAAGUUGCCAUGGAGACAGAGGUUGUGUCAUCACCACUGUCAACCAGUAUCCCGGCAUCUCCACCGCUACAGCUGACAGCCUCGCCUGUCACUCCGGUGCCUGUCGACUCACCCGUCAGCCCCGCAUCGCCUGGUCUGCCCUGCGCCCAGUCCCUCCUCGAGGAGCUGGCCGCCUUGGAACCCAUGUUUGGGGCAGGUGCCUCGAUCGCCCCUGGCCUGGGGCAACAACCUGAGUUGUAUCAACUCCAAAGUCACCUGCCACAACAGUGCUUCCACAAAGGUAAAAAAAAAUUUCUGUUAACAAUUUUCUGCAAACCUAUACUUAAACUAAUAGAAUGAGACUGAACAUUGAAGUAGUAAUAACCUUCUGUUUUUAUUCUUCUUUCUCAUUGUCUUUCAGAUGGGAGUGGAAGUGAUCCUCCGUUCUAAAAUAAGUCUGUGACUUACUUCAUUAAGUAUGGCAUAUUGUCAUAUUUCAUGGAGCUACUUUUACUAAAAAGUGAAGAUUAUUUAACUGUAUAAUUAUAUACAUAAUGUAUAUAAGGAUAAAAAGACUUCCUCAUAUUGCUCAUAUGAGAAAAGAAAAGAGUCAGUCAUAUUUUGUUCAUGUAUUUCUCCAUGAAUUUAUAUGUCAGGAAUGGUGCACCAUCUCAGCAAUGAUGCAAUACACUAGCUGUGUUGACCAAGUUGUGAAAGCACUUGGAGGUCAGUUUUUGUCUCUGCUUUACUGUAACAUGAGCUUUUAUCAGAGACUAAGAUCUCUUACUUUGCAAGCGCAGCUCAACUUACAGACUUGCAUUUGUAUUCACUCGUAGUGAAAAUACUCUGAAGUUGUGAACUCUGAAGAUGUGGACAUAAAAUCUUACCUUCAUAUCUCAGAUAAAAAAACAGUUUAAAGCUCAACACUUAUAAUGGCAGUGUCACACACACAAAGCCCAAUGUAUAGAAAAUGUACCUAGCCAUUUAGUAUCAUAGCUAGCAAUUUCUAUAAAAAUCUUCAAUAUUUAGAUUUUAUCAGGCUUUCUUCAGCUUAGUUAGUCGGCUCUCAUUUGAAAACAACAAUGUCAACUGCACUACUAAAUAAGAAAUCCAGGCAACACUGAGCUUUGGGUUUGUGGCUGCUAUGUUCUUUUUACAAAUCUGUGUAUCAGUGUGGUGUACAAAUGUUUCUUUAAUCUGUGAACAUAUAUAAGCCAGUGUGCAAGAGAAGUCAGUUUUCCAGCACUCUUUAACCAGUCCAGUGGACACUCUCUGUAGGAGAAACCCCAAGAUGAUAUUGAGAAGAACAGAAGAUGACUGCACUCCACUGGACUGAUACUUUGGCUAGUGUUCAAUGGCUCCUUGGUCAGCCAUGUUCAUGGGCAAGGUUAAAUGCAAAUGCACUGGACUUUUGCAGCAUCAAUAUUUGUAAUGCUUGCAAUCUGUUGUUGCUCUUGUAUGCUUCGCACAACCAAGGCUUGCUGAACCCAGCCAGGCAGCAUAUUUAUACAGUGAAUACCACAGUAACAUCGUAACUUUACUGUGUGCGGUGUAGAGUGGUGAACAUGACCGUGUGAAUGACCAAUUCUUCUUUUUUGAGAGGCGCUUAAAAAAAACAAAAAAACAAUGUGAACUUUUGUUUCAAAAAUUGAGUGGACUAUAGGGAUGGGGUACUAUUUCUAUUCAGUUACUAGUCGACAUGGGUUGAGAAUGGUUCAAUUCCCAUGGUGUCGACAUGCUAACGUAGAGUUGUCUACGGUCAAGUAAAGGAUUGAUUCCUACGUUCUACCUAUUUACAUGCUAAGUUAAAAAAAGUAUUAUACUGUAUGUGUGCUGUUAUACAGAAUGAAUGUUUGGUGUACAUGCCUCUAGACAGGCAUGUGCUGAGGUUUCAGUAUGGUAAUAGGAUGUAUACAUUUGUAAAUUUGUACAAACAACAGAUCUGUACAUAUCAGAGACCUUUGUAUAUGAUGAAAAGAUACUUGACAUAUGCUAUAUAUGAAGAAUGGACAUUGUGGAUCAGUGUUCUUUUUGUGUCGCUGAUAAGUGUAUUUGGCUGUCAAAAUCAAAUGCAUUUAUAUUAAAGUGCACUUAAAUCUGCCCAUGUCUUCUGUAUCAUUGUCUUCUGUACCUUUGCUUCUUCGAGCUUUUCAUUCUUUGCUUGUUCACUAUCAUCUGUACAUUACUCCCGUUCUCUCUACCAUUCCAUAGCAUCCCCUCCUUCCUGUACACUCUCUCUCUCUUUCUUACCCUGGAGCAUGGACUGCUCAGCAACAGCACUG